AUGACUCAAUUGCAAGUGUCAGACGAUCUGAGAAUUAAACUGAGAGAAUGGGUCAAAAGAAAAAUUAACGAAGGAAAAGAAAACGAGGUGAUUAUUUUGGAAGAUAUCGAAUCCGAAAGUGAACCAAACGAAAAGAAGAAAUACACGAUGGAAAUAGCAGCGUUGGAGCAGUGCUUUAUUGCCAACGAUAUAGUGGAUAAAAAGAAAAUGAGAGCAAUCUUGUUGAGUAAAGUAAACGCGGAUACUUACGAUUUAAUCGAUCGGAUUUGCAAGCCCGAGAAACCUGGCGAAAAAGAAUAUGAGGAUAUCGUCAAGCUUGUAAAAAAUUAUUUGAAACCAGAAGCAUCAUAUUUAGUACAUCGAGCAAAAUUUCGUCAGCGCUUGCAAUUGGAAAAUGAAUCAAUCACUGAGUAUGUGGCAAUACUAAAAAAUCUGAGCAAAGAUUGUAAAUUUACGCAAUUGGAAGAGCAAAUUUUGGAUCAAUUAAUAACAGGACUGCGAAGUAAGGAUAUAAAAAUGGAGCUGCUAAAAAUGGAAAAUCCAACGAUGGCGACGGCAGUGAAGAAAGCGUUAGCAUGCGAAGCAGCACAUGUAGGAGCAGAAAAAUUACAACGCAAGGAAAAUUCCGUAGCUCAAGGUGAAAUACAUAAGGUUGUAGCGAACGAGAAGUUGAAAAGUAUAAUCAAGAAACAUGAAGCGGUAUUUACGGGCCGGGGAAAAUUUACAAAAGGCGAAGUAAAAUUAGAAUUAAAAGAAGAGGCCAAGCCAAAAUAUUUGCUUGCACGAUCGGUACCAUUUGCGUUGAAAGAGCGAAUUGAAAAUGAAUUAAAGCGAUUAGAAAGUCAAGGAACAAUCGAAGCGAUUAAGCACUCUGAGUGGGCUACUCCAAUAGUGCCAGUGCUUAAACCAGAUGGCAGUAUACGUAUGUGUGCUGAUUUUAAGGUCACUUUAAACCCGCAAUUAUUCACGGUAAGACAUCCGGCGCCUAAUUUUAAACAUGCAGUUGCACAGUUACAAGCUGGGGUUAAAUAUUCAAAGUUAGACCUAAAAGAAGCAUAUUUACAGAUGCCGGUCGAAGAGAAGUCUCAGAUGUUGCUUAAUAUUAACACACACAUGGGAUUAUUCAAAUACAAGUACAUGACAUUUGGAAUAAGUUCAGCCCCGGAAAUUUUUCAAUUACGUAUGAAGGAAAUUUUAAAGGGAAUUCCCGGAGUAGCGAUUGUAGUAGACGAUGUGGUUGUGACGGGUAAAACUACAGAUGAGCAUUUGAAAAAUUUAGAUAGAGUUUUAGGGAAAUUAAAUGAAUGUGGACUUAAACGUCUAGUGGAAAGCGGAUGGCCUGAACGUAAAGUGAAUGGAUGGCCUAAUGAAUUAAAAAGUUAUGCACAACGUAAGGACGAAUUAUCAGUUGAGCGAGGCUGCCUAAUGUGGGGACAUCGUGUUAUUAUACCACAAAAAGUUCGAAAGCGUAUUGUCGAACAAUUACACGAGUGUCACUUUGGCAUCGUUAAGAUGAAAUCUCUGGCAAGUAAACGAUUCUCCUCGAAAAAUGGUGUUGACGCCGUGGCCAUGGCCUGA